AUGCGGUUCGAGAACUGGGACGUUCUCCUUUUUCCCGAAGGGUCAAAGGUGCCCAUUCAAGAGUUCAAGACACAAUGCUUCGUGACCAGGGAUACUGAAUCUCCCUAUAUGCACAUUGAACCUUUAAUCCAUCCACAGGCACAUUACGCACAGGGAGCAGUUGGCUACACCCCCAUCCUGACGACUUUUAUCCCGAGCAUGCCUCGCAACAGCCCAUUUAGGGUAUCUGUUCAUAGCUGGCAAAAACCGAUUCCUACAAAGAUGAUGGAGAGUCUGAUGCAUCCAGAGGACUCUGUCGUGUUUGAGAUUCGAGCUUUUAUUGAUGGAGACUUUGUUGCCGGAAGUCUUGCCUACCAGAGGACUAGUUGGCCUCUAGUCAUCGUGAUUCGCGUACAAGAUUUUGACAAAAAUGGUGACCCGGACACCUUACGCUUUCCCGCGUUCCAUGAAGAGAUGUUACAACAGUCUCACUGGGAAGCUGGGGAAGAGUUUGGCCGCAUCAAAAUUGUCAUCGCAGAAGGCUAUUCUCGGCCAAAUCGAAAUCCACCCUUCGAGAGAGUUAGGGAUCUCAUCUUCCUUUCCUUUCAACAUGCUCCAUUGAAUAUUUUAGAAUAUUCGAACUUAGCCUGGCCAAACCCGGGAAUGUGGCAACCAGCCUCACGUCCCAGCCUGAGGUACAAUUUGGGUGUGGACUAUGGUAACAGUAGAGAAGAUGACGAUGCUCAUUCCCAUUCUCCAACCCGCCCAGAACCCCGUGGAAUCGGCAUCCCAGACACUAGCCGCUCUUUGCAACAUCCUGUGUGGCAUCAGCGUCUUUACCCUACCUCGCAGAUGCAGUGGCCGCGGAGCACUUUUCCUGAAAGGGAGUCCAGAUGGCCUUUGCAACCUGUAAUCCACGAUCCAUUCGUUGACCCCUUCAGGGCUCCAGGAUUCAGUAGACACGCCCGUUCAAGUUUGGACGAUGUGCCCAUGCCAGACUACGUUGGAUCAAGCACAAAUAGCAGUCGAGCAAUAUCUGGUAUGACAGGCAUUAGUUUUGGACAGCAAAAUAAGCAAUCUGCUGCUGUUGCAUCGAUCAACGAUGAGCAGUAUAACAAAUUGAUCGAAGCCCUCAGCCCCAGUAAGCUAACAAGCGGCACUAACGCACCCACCAAUACUCCAGCUUCCGUUCCUCCCGUAGCCUCCAAGCACUCUGUAGCGCCAGAGACUCGAGCUAUGUCACAUUCCAGACACCCAAGUCGCCCUGGAGCUCUAAAGGAACUGCCACAGCCAGGAGUGCGAGCUGUCUCGGGUUCAAGCGCCCGAUCGGAUAGCGAUGAAGAUUUCGGAAGCGAAAAUGCACCUCUUCCAAUCAGCCUUCUCAGCCCAAGCCCACGAACGAAAGGGCAAAAGGAAGGGACUGGGAGUGAUGCAGACUCUCCACUUCAUAGCUCUGGCAAGAAAAACGCGAAUAGUGUGAAAGUGUUCAGAAGAUCGAAAAACAGUCUUACGGCAUCCACCGAGUCCAAACGUAAAAGGUCCGGUACAUCAGACCACCUAGAAAUUCCAGAAGACAAUGACCAUAGAAGUCCUUCACCGGUAAAGAAAACAUCUCGCAGUGGCACAGAAGAAGCCAUUCCCAAAGGUACCUCUGAAGAAAUGGUUGAGCCAAAGACAAAGCUCAUUACCCCAGGAAAAGAAGUGGAAGGAACAGCAUAA